GAAAAAUGAUUGAAAUCACAGUAAACGAUCGACUCGGAAAAAAAGUACGAAUCAAGUGCAAUCCAUCAGAUACAAUUGGAGAUUUGAAGAAGUUGAUCGCUGCACAAACUGGAACACGAUGGGAAAAGAUCGUGUUGAAAAAGUGGUACACCAUUUACAAGGAUCAUAUCACAUUGAUGGAUUACGAGAUUCACGAGGGAUUCAAUUUCGAGCUCUACUACCAAUGAUUCAUCAGAAUUCAUUUCAUUUUUUAAACAAUUAUUUACUUUUCAACUUUUCAUGAAUUUCAAUUUAAUUUUUUUUGACUUCGAAUAAAUUUCAACACUU